AUACUCAUUUUUAACAUAAAAUACCUGGUUAAGUGGAAUAUGUUUGAUCACGCAGUUCACGGGUGUGUAAGUGCAACUGCUUACGAUCUCGGCUGUCGUUAAUUUGCAAUGAAGAUUUUAUUUUUGAUCAAGUUUUGAACUUGUGAUGCUUUGAUCCUUGAAAAGCCGAGAGUAUUUUUCUUUCUUGGUCUGGGUAGUGUUUUUUUGUGCUUUUUUUCAUUUCUUCUUCUUCUGGCUUGUUUGGUUGAGGUGUUCGAGGAAGAUUGAAGAUGAGGGAGACGACAGCGUCUGUAAUGUGUUUGUGGUUUCUUCUGUGUGGGUCUUGUUUGGGUCGGUUCGUUGUCGAGAAGAACAGCCUGAAAGUGACAUCCCCUGACUCCAUCAAAGGCGUGUACGAGUGUGCGAUUGGGAAUUUCGGGGUUCCGCAGUAUGGAGGAAGCAUGGCGGGCACUGUGGUUUAUCCAAGCUCCAACCAGAAGGCAUGCAACAGCUUCAAUGGCGUCUCCUUCAAAUCCAGGCCUGGUGGCAUGCCUAUCGUCCUUCUUGUCGAUCGUGGAGAUUGUUACUUCACUCUCAAGGCGUGGAAUGCCCAAAAAGCCGGAGCAGCGGCAAUUCUGGUUGCUGAUGAUAGGGUUGAGCCCUUGAUCACUAUGGAUACCCCAGAGGAAGAGGAUUCACACGCAGAUUAUCUACAAAAGAUAACCAUUCCAUCUGCACUUAUUAGCAAGUCCCUUGGGGAUAAAAUAAAAAAGGAACACUCUAAAGCAAAAGAAAUGGUUGUCAUAAGUCUUGAUUGGAGAGAAUCUCUUCCACAUCCUGAUGAGAGAGUUGAGUAUGAGUUCUGGACAAACAGUAACGACGAAUGUGGGCCCAAGUGCAGUAGCCAGAUAGGAUUCAUUAAAGAUUUCAAAGGAGCUGCCCAGAUACUUGAGCAGAAAGGAUAUACUCAGUUCACUCCACAUUACAUAACUUGGUUCUGCCCGGAGGCUUUUGUUUUGAGCAAGCAGUGCAAAUCUCAGUGUAUCAACCAUGGGAGAUACUGUGCACCAGAUCCAGAGCAAGACUUCAGUCAGGGUUAUGAUGGGAAAGAUGUAGUUUUGCAAAACCUGCGCCAAGCUUGCUUCUUUAAGGUGGCUAAUGAAAGUGGAAGGCCAUGGCUUUGGUGGGAUUAUGUUACAGAUUUUUCUGUCCGUUGUCCAAUGAAAUAUAAGAAGUACACCAAAGAGUGUGCUGAUCAAGUAAUGCGAUCACUUGGCAUUGAUCUUAAACAGAUAGAAGAUUGUGUUGGGGAUCCUGAGGAAGAUACUGAGAACCCUGUUCUAAAGUCAGAACAGGAAGCACAGAUUGGCAGAGGUUCUCGUGGAGAUGUUACUAUGUUGCCUACUAUUGUUUUAAACAACAGACAGUAUAGAGGGAAGUUGGACAGAGGAGCCGUUCUUAAGGCUAUUUGCUCAGGAUUUGAGGAGACAACAGAGCCGUCAAUUUGCUUAACUGAUGAUAUACAAACAAAUGAGUGCUUAGUGAACAAUGGUGGAUGCUGGGAAGAUAAAGAUGCUAAUAUUACAGCAUGCAGGGACACUUUCCGUGGGCGGGUGUGCGGUUGUCCCACUGUGCAAGGUGUGGAAUUUGUUGGUGAUGGUUACACUCAUUGUGAAGCACCUGGAGCACUGCGAUGUCGACUUAAUAACGGGGGUUGUUGGAAGCAAACCAGGGAUGGUCUAACAUAUUCUGCUUGCAAUGAUGACCGCACACAGGGUUGCCUGUGUCCUCCAGGUUUCAAAGGUGAUGGGGUUAGUACUUGUGAAGGCUUGGUCCAGAGCGGACAAUAUCAUACUAAUGUGGAGUUAAGAUAUUGAUGAAUGCAAGGAGAAAACAGUGUGUCAAUGCCCUGAAUGUAAAUGCAAGAACACAUGGGGAGGCUAUGAAUGCAAUUGUCAUGGAAAUCUCUUAUACAUGAUUGAGCACGACACAUGUAUAAGUAAAGCUGCAUAUACCGAGAUUAGCUGGGGUUCUGUUUGGGUCAUCAUACUUGGAGCGGCUGCUGCGGGACUUGCAGGAUAUGCCGUGUACAAGUACAGAUUCCAGAGGUACAUGGAUUCGGAGAUUCGUGCCAUCAUGGCGCAGUACAUGCCGUUAGACAAUCAAGGGGAGGUCCCCAACCACAUUGUCUCCCAUGGAAACUUCUGAGUAUCAAGCUCCUCCCGUCGCAGCUGAAUGGUGGCCCACUCGGUGGUGUUACUUGGUGGUGUAAAGAGACAUGUCCUCCGUUGCUGAUCCAGAACCGAAACCCUCUCGUUUUAAGCUCAAGGACCAUCCUCCUUUUAGCAGCAGAUAUGCCACUGCCUUCUUGGAUAAAAUGUUCCAUUUAAUGGACAAAUGAUGUUCUACCCAUGUAUAUAUAUGUAAUCUGUAGGACAUCCACUAAGCUCCACUAAGCGGUAGAUAGGAAAUUUGCAUGUAAUGCUGUCCUCUCUUAAGAUAAAAUACAGGGAUAUCCCAGAAGAAACUCAAAAAAUAAGAUUAAAUUUAACAUAUUUUGCCAAGUAAGAUUUUGUCCCUUCCUAAAAAUAGGACUUAUUAAAUUAAAC